AUGGCUCGAUUUGGAGGGGGAGAACUCAGAGCACCAGUUUUCAAUGACGAGAAUUUUGAUUUCUGGCAAAUCAAAAUGAAGACCAUUUUCCGUUCACAAGAACUGUGGAAUUUGGUUGAAAAUGGCUAUGAAACUCCGAUGAAGAAGGAAGAGGAGCUCACGGAGGUGGAGAAAAGGCUAAUGCGAGAUAAUGUAGUCAAGGAUGCUAGAGCACUUGGAAUCAUCCAAUGUGCUGUUUUAAAUCAAAUUUUUCCAAAGAUCGCAACUCAGAAAAGUGAAAAGGCAACGUGGGACAUUCUGAGACAAGAAUUCAUUGGUGAUAAGUUUAAUGGUCAAGCUAACAAUGGCAAAUACCAAAAGAACUCUAAGUCAAAAAGGAAACAGUGGAGUAACAAGGCUGGUGUUCCUGUGAAAAAUGAGGUAAAUAACAUUGGAGACAAGUGUAAAUUCUAUGAUAGACUGCACUAUGGUGAAUGUUGGGUCAAGAACAAGGUCAAGUGUCACAAGUGCAAUAAAAUUGAACACAUUGCAAGGUACUGCAAUACAAACAGGGAUGUGCAACAAGUAAAUUUUGCUCAUCGGGUGGAAGAAACAGGUAAUUUGUUUUAUGCUAAACACUUUGGUAAAGUGAAGAAGAUAAGUGAUGUGUGGUACAUAGACAGUGGAUGCAGUAAUCAUAUGACAUCCAGAGAAGACUUGCUUGUAGAUAUUGACAGAAAUGUGAAAGCCAAAGUCCAAGUAAGCAGUGGAGUUUUGGUUGAAGUGGCAGGAAAUUGGACACUGGUUAUUGAGACAAUGAAGGGUAAGAGAUACAUAAAGGAAAUGACGCUUGUACCUGGUCUUGUAGAGAAUUUACUUAGUGUAGGCCAGAUGAUAGAGCAUGGUUACUUUUUUCUGUUUGGAGACUACAUAAUGGAUGCGUUUGAUGACAGGUUUCUAAGUAACUUGGUGGUUCCAACUGUAAGUGGAAACAGAUAUUUCCUCACAUUCAUUGAUGACAACUCGAGAAUGUGUUGGAUCUACUUGAUGAGGAAUAAGUCAGAGGUGACUGUGUCAAGAGAUGUAGUAUUUAAUGAAAAUGAGAAGUGUAACUGGGAAGAAAACAAAGUGAAAGAAGUCUGUGUUCCUCUAAUCUCACCUGAGUUUAGAGAAACUAAUGAAGAUGAAUCUGGAAGUUCUUUCAGGUCAAAAUCUCCCACUUCUAGUGAAAGAUCAAGUAUUCAGAGUACAAGGGUGCUUGUUGAUACAAAAGCUUUCAAUUCAACCCCUUUGAAAUGGAGAAUUCUAAGUGAAGUAUAUGGGCACUAUAACCUGUGUAUUAUUGAACUUGAGUGUUUUGAUGAUGCUGCACAAGAUGAAGCUUGGAAAGUUGCAAUGCAAUAG